AAGGCAGAAAAUUCGAAGGCACCAGGAUAAACAUCUGUGGGCGCCAUCGAGGUUCCCGGGUGGGGGCGAGAGGAGGGGCGGGGCGGGGUUUUCUGCCUACAGGAGACCAAAUACGGGCACACACACAAUACACACCACACACGCGCGCACACGCACACGGGCUCACAGGCGCGCCCGGGAUCCGGCUCUGCGCCGCGGCUCCUCCGCCCCGCCGAGCUCCGCGAUCAGCACCCGGGACAGCGCCACCGCCCACGUGCGGGGGGCGGGGUCCGGGCGGGGCUGGCGCCUCGGCGUCUCCCGGGAGUGUCCCGUCCAGGCCGCCGAGCAGGGUGUUUGAGUGCCUCUGCAGAAAAGACUCUAGGACUCGGCCACCAUGUUCCCGGAGCCCCCAACCCCGGGGCCUCCAUCGCCCGACACGCCUCCAGACUCCAGUCGCAUCAGCCACGGCCCAGUGCCUCCCUGGGCCCUGGCCACCAUCGUGCUGGUCUCAGGCCUCCUCUUCUUCAGCUGCUGUUUCUGUCUCUACCGGAAGCGCUGUCGGAGGCGGACGGGCAAGAAGAGCCAGGCCCAAGCCCAGGUCCAUCUUCAGGAAGUGAAGGGGCUGGGCCAGAGUUACAUAGACAAGGUGCAGCCAGAAGUGGAGGAGCUGGAGCCAGCAACAUCUGGGCCAGGGCAGCAGGUGGCAGGCAAGCAUGAGCUAGGACGACUGCAGUACUCCUUGGAUUAUGACUUCCAGAGUGGCCAGCUGCUGGUGGGCAUUCUGCAAGCAGAGGGAUUGGCAGCCUUGGAUCUGGGUGGCUCCUCGGACCCCUACGUGCUGGUCUACUUGCUGCCGGACAAGCGGAGGCGGUACGAGACCAAGGUGCAUCGGCAGACACUGAACCCUCACUUUGGGGAGACCUUCGCCUUCAAGGUCCCCUAUGUGGAGCUGGGGGGCAGGGUGCUGGUCAUGGCGGUGUACGACUUCGACCGCUUCUCUCGCAACGACGCCAUCGGGGAGGUGCGGGUCCCCAUGAGCUCCGUGGACCUGGGGCGGCCGGUGCAGGCCUGGCGGGAGCUGCAGGCGGCUCCGCGGGAGGAGCAGGAGAAGCUUGGGGACAUCUGCUUUUCCCUCCGCUAUGUCCCUACGGCCGGGAAGCUCACCGUUAUCGUCCUGGAGGCUAAAAACUUGAAGAAGAUGGAUGUAGGAGGACUGUCAGAUCCGUACGUCAAGGUCCACCUGCUGCAGGGCGGCAAAAAGGUGCGGAAGAAGAAAACUACCAUCAAGAAGAACACUCUGAACCCCUAUUACAACGAGGCUUUCAGCUUUGAGGUGCCCUGUGACCAAGUCCAGAAGGUGCAGGUGGAGCUGACCGUGCUGGACUACGACAAGCUGGGCAAGAACGAGGCCAUCGGGAGGGUGGCCGUGGGGGCGGCCGCCGGCGGGGCUGGCCUGCGGCACUGGGCGGACAUGCUGGCCAAUCCGCGGCGGCCCAUUGCCCAGUGGCACUCGCUGCGGCCCCCGGACAGAGUGAGGCUGCUGCCUGCGCCCUGACUCCUACCCCAAGCCCCUGACCCCAGACUCCCGAGACCCGCCAAAGCCAAGCCAGCCCCACCCUGAAGCCUCUGACCGCUACUCUCCCCGCAGCCCCACCCCAACCAGCCGAUCCAUUCCUGCCUCUCACCCACAACGAUGCCAAUCACAACUUUCCAGCACACUCCCCAGACCCCCACCCACACACCCAGAUGCCCCAGCGACCCCUGGGAAGGAAAGGCAGCCUGGUUUCCCCUGCCCCCUGGUCCUGCCCCCCCCCCCCCCCCCCCGCUUUGACAAUCACCAACCUAGUCUGUUCUCCUCUCUCUUCCAACACAGCCCGUCCCUGCACUGCUCCUGGGGCCAAAUAAAUAUUCAGCAGCUCCGGUG